AUGCCCGAAAAAGUAACACUAGCGGAGUUUCUGUCGUCGGAGCAAGAGCCGGCGGAAGGUAACAGAAAAGCCGUCAAGGCAUUCUACGAGGCCUUGGCGAGUAACGACACGGCUGCGGUUUCGCGCGCAGUGGCUGCCGACCUCGAGUGGUCGUUCCACGGGCCGCCUUAUUGCCAACACUUGAUGAGGUUGCUCACUGGAGAGUCGCGGCGUGUGGAGUUCAAAUUCAAGCCGAGGAGCGUGACCGGCAUUGGCGACCGCGUGGUCGUGGAGGGGUGGGAGGGGCAGGGAUCGAAGGUCUACUGGGCGCAUGUGUGGUCACUCGAGGAGGGGAUUAUGACUCAGCUUCGUGAGUAUUUCGACACGUGGCUUACUGUGAUUGUUAGGGUUUUGAAUGGUGGUGGUGGUGGUGGUGGUUACGGGAUUAUUCGUCUGUGGCAGAGUGAGCCUAAGGAAAGGCUCAACAGGUCCUUGCCAGAUGUUGUUUUGCCUAUUUGA